AUGCAGCAGCUCUUGCAGCUGCUCGUGCUCAGCGGUGCGGUCAUCGGCUCGCUCGCCCAGUGUGAGUCCCAAACAGAGCGGCUCGAGAACUUGACAGCUUGGCCGAAGUAUGACAGAAACUCUCGACCAAACCAGGGCCGGCCACAAGCGGUGAAUGUCUCCAUACAGAUGUACAUCGCUGCCAUUGCCAACGUCGAUCAGAAGGGGCAGCAGCUCGCCGUCGAGGGCUACUUUCGCUGGGAGUGGAUGGACCCUCGGCUUGCCUCGGGCGAUGACUGUGGCAAGAUCACGUUGCAGCUCCCGGCCCCAUCUGUGUGGCAGCCGGACAUUUAUGUCGACAACACGCUGGACGAGUGGUAUGGUGCCGGGUCCUUGGUGCUGUACCCGGACGGCCGGGCUUGGAGGUCGGCACGCUUCAAUCACAAGUUGCGCUGCCCCAUGGAAUUCCACGCCUUGCCCUUCGACAAGCAGCGGUGCUUUGUUCAGAUGUCGUCCUACUCUUGGGACAUCGACCACAUCAACGCAGGUGCCUUCAGCAACGGUGCCGUCGUCCUGCCGGAAGGGUACACCGGUACGACGGAAUGGAAGCUGGGGGCUGUGGAAUGGGAGGUGACAACGGAGUGGUUUGGUGUCGGUGCGAACCGCCAAGGUUACAAGUAUGUGUGGAUCUACAUAACGCUGGAACGUCGGCCCAAUGCCUUCAUGGUCUUCGUCUUCUUCACAUGCUUCGCCUUCGGCAUCGUCUCUUGGGUCGGGCUCUUUAUUAACCCGAGCGCCGCUCCUGCGCGUGUGGCGAUCGCAGUCAUCCCGGUGUUGAUCAUGUUGAACUUGGAGAGCAGCGUGACGUCCCAGCUGCCGCCCUUGAACUACAUGACCUGGCUCACAAGCUACCUCUUUACCAUCAAGCUCUUCACCUUGUCCGUCGUUGUUGAGUAUGGUGUAGUGUCCUGGCUCAUGACCAUCGAAGCUCACAGAGUCCGAAAGUUCGAGGCGAUGAAGCAGAUGGCCGCAGCCAUGAAGCUAGACAACCACGCCGUGAAGCAUGCAGCGACCGACCCGGCUGAAGAGAAGGUGGACAAGCAGGGCACCAUCAUCGUCUUGGAGAAGAGCCCGGAGCAGGUCCACGAAGUCUACAAGCUCUUUGACGCAGACCUGUCCGGCUGCAUCAACAAGCAUGAGAUUCAGCUCGGCUUCCGAAAGUUGGGACAGUACCUAAGCUUUGAUCAGGUCAAUCGGAUGUUCUUCCGGCUGGGCGUGGAGGGCGAGUCACUUCAGAAAGCAGACUUCCACCGCCUGCUGAUGGACCUCAACGAUUACCUGCCGGGAACGCCCUUUACCAUCACCUACUGGGAGCGCCCCCCCUCUAUUCAAGUGGACAUCGCCUUCCGUUACAUAUACAUCGUGGCUUUGUUCAUUGUGUGCGUUGUGUGGUUGGCUGUCAUGGGGAUGUAA